AACUGGACCUAGUCAAACUACUUUGGUACCAACAACAACUGGACCUAGUCAGACUACCUUUGCACCAACAACAACUGGACCUAGUCAGACUACCUUUGCACCAACAACAACUGGACCUAGUCAGACUACCUUUGCACCAAUAACAACUGGACCUAGUCAGACUACCUUUGCACCAACAACAACUGGACCUGGUCAGACUACCUUUGCACAAACAACAACUGUACCUGGUCAGACUACCUUUGCACCAACAACAACUGGACCUGGUCAGACUACCUUUGCACCAGCAACAACUGGACCUGGUCAGACUACCUUUGCACCAGCAACAACUGGACCUGGUCAGACUACUUCCCUAGGUGUUAGUGAAACUCAGACCACAGUUUCCAUUGCUGUUCCUACAUUUGGUUCAACAACUACAGCAGGGUUUGGUCUUACUACAUUUUCUGUUUCGAGUACUGGUACUGGACAAGUUACUUUAACUGGUGUUUCAACUACAACCCCACUUUUUAUAUCCACCACUCUACCCCCACAUACUACGCUUGUUACAGAAGCUCCACCAGGGGUGUGUCCUUCAUAUUGUAUAGAUCGCAAUAAUAUUACACGAUCGGUUGGUCUUCUAUGGUUCGACAGUAUGUGCAAUCAACUGGAAUGUACAUUCUUGGAAAAUGAAUGUCCGCACAUUAAAACGAGUGAUAACUCCACCUGCCCGCUUGCUAUUUCUUGUCCAAAGUACAAAAAAGCAGUUCCCGUCUCUUACCAAUCUCCAAGCUCUGAUCCAAAUACCUGCUGUGAAGAACUUGAAUGCGUUUGUCAGCCACAAAGUUUGCUGGAUUCCAUGUGCCCUGAAUGGUCUGGCAACUUUACUUGUAGUGUGUAUGAAGAGCCAAAUUAUGUUGGUUUCUUCCCAAACACCUAUGACUGCUGCCCAGAUUAUGAUUGUGUUUGCAAAAACAGUACUCAGUUGGAGAGCAUUUGUUCCCAAUGGUAUGACUAUGAAUGCACAAAUCCUAUGAAACACCCCAACUAUCUUGGAAUGAGUUCUGUAAGCAAUUCCUGCUGCCCAGAAUUUGAAUGCGUUUGUAAUCGCACAUGUUACCAUCCAAUCACAUUGGAAGUAAUGCUGGAAGGAGAUUCUGUAAAUUCUGUGGAUGGUUGUGGCCGUUACAUAUGCCCCAGUUUCAACUCAACACAAAUACAAGAAUGCAAAAGGUUGGAGGCAACAUAUCAAAAGAAUUACUGCCCCCCAGUAACCACAACAUCGUGUAUGCCACAUAAACUACCACGCUAUUUCAAAAACCCUGGAGAAUGCUGUCCGACUUUUGAAUGUGUUUGCCCAAAUGCGACUCUACUAAACUGCAGCAGUGUUUAUGAAGUUAUCAAGUACUCCAACACAGAAUGCAAGACGCCAUACUGCGAAUGUGAAUGUCCAGACAUUGGUGCUAACUGUACCAGCAGUCCUGGCUGUCGUGUUUUUGUAAAUCGUACCUCAGCGGAAAAUUGCAAUUGUCCGAUCGAUUUUGAAUGUGUGCCAGACCCACAGCUGUGUCCUGAUGAUCCUGUUUGCACCAAAUGCCAAGUGCUGAACACUACAAGAGUUGUGCCUGGAAGUCUCCCUUGUGAUGCUGACUGCACCGUAUCUCAGUGCAUUCCUCAACCUUGUCCAAGUUACACUCCUCCUACCUUACUGUGUCCAAAAUACCACAAAAGGAUAUCGGAAUAUCUUGCUGGCGAUAUUGACAGUUGUUGCCCUAUGACCUCUUGUGUGUGCCAUAACGAAACUAUUCUCAGUGCAGAGUGUCCGCAAUGGGAAGACUUCACUUGCCCGGAUAAUUAUAUCAGAAAUCGUACCAACCCUACUUCAGAGUGCUGCCCAGAAUAUGAUUGCGUAUGUAACCCAACAAUCUGCCCUGAAGGACCAACUUGCGAUGGAAUGUAUUUAAAUACAACACUUCCUAUUUACAAUCCCUCAAAGGCACACAAUGAUGCUUGCUGUCCGACCUAUACUUGUUCAUGUUAUAAUGUAACUUGCCACAACAUAACAUGUCCUCAGUACAAGGUUGCAACAGAUGCGGCAAACUCAACAGAACAAGGAUGUUGCCCUACACAGACCUGCGAGUGUGAUGCAAGCCAAACACCAGCAGAAUACAACCUACCACAGUAUCAACCCACUCCAGAUAAAUUAUGCACUCUACCUGGACAAUACCCAACCCCAGUCUAUGAUGAAAGUGGAUGCCUUGCAAAAUGUGUCUGCUACCCAGUUGACCAGGUCCUGUCUCACUGUACAGAAUACAAGAUGAUACAAAAUUCCUGCAAUGGCUCAAAGAAUCUUGUGAAUGUAACGGCACCAGCUUCAAAUCUUGAUUAUUUCUGCUGUCCAAAAGUAGAAUGCCAAUGCCCAGAUUGUGGUUCACAUUACCAAUCCAAGCAACAGCUUGAGGCACUAGCUUCUACCGUUGAAAUUGUUAUCCCAGAUGGUCCUGAACAAGAGUGCUGCAGACCAUACAAAACUAUAUGCGAUCCAAACGCAGCAACUUCAGAUUACUGCAGCGCAUACGAUGUCAACUGCCCUCAGGGAUUUAAGAGAGAGAAAAACGAUACUGAUGUCAAUUGCUGUCCUGCUUACCAUUGCGUAUGUGAUGCAUGCUUCCACAAUGGCAAUACUUACAGUCCAGGUCAAACAUGGGAUGACUCAUCAACCUGUGAUAAGCUUUCAUGCACUUUCAAUAGAACCUAUGAUGGUUGCUACGCUAUAAAACGAACCCCACCAUACUGUCAGUACCAAACCUCAUCCGGUGAGACCGUUUUACUUGGGGUUGGAGCGCAGUACCCAAUGACGAGUGAUCCUUGUAUGAUGAAAGCAUGUAAGAAGCAGGUCUUUGGUAACCUAUGCUUCACCAUUUUAUCAGAGGUCACAGUAGGAUGUGCUAGUGAACUUUCUUGUUCUGGUUAUGAGGAAUUAAACCUCACUUACACCGAGGGAGUUUGCUGUCCUGAACAGAAAUGUGUUUGUAAAGAAUGCGGGUCCGGUUAUGAUUCUACAACAACGGCGCCAAUGAUGGAGUAUGAGAUGAUGGUAAAUAUGACCUUAGACGAAAACCCAAAUCAAAUCUGUUGUCCAAUGGCUGCAAAAAGGUGUGUAGAAUCAAACUUAUUAUCAGGUAUGUGUGAGCAAUGGAACAUGACAUGCCCACUUGGUCAAACACCAUCAAGAACCAACAGCCUAGAAGAAUGUUGCCCUGAGUAUGAGUGUGUUUGCCAGACUUGCCCGACUCAAGCACCUUUAACUCCAAGUCCUUGUCAGAUUGAAGUGGUUAAAAAUGCAGAAGAAAACCCUCUUUACCAAUGUUGCAAUGAAACUAAACUUGUGUGCAGUGACAACCUUACAUGCUGUGGCCCUGAUUAUUUUUCCUAUGAAGACCUUGUUGCAAACUUAGAAGUUGGAGAAACUGUUGUGAACAGCUUGAACAGCACAGAGUGUUGUCCAAAGUAUAAAGUUGCUUGCAUAAAAGACGUUGAAACAUCAGAAGUAUGUGCUCAAUACAAUAUCACCUGUGAACCUGGAUUUAAAGCUGAGCGAAAUCUGUCCGACGUAGGAUGCUGUCCAACUUAUCACUGUGUGUGUGAUGCAGAUCAAUGUCCAGAAAAAGGAACCUGUCAAUCAGGAAUGAUAAGCGUCCCUACCAAUGUUACUGUUGGUUGCUGCCAGACUUAUGAAUGCACAUGCCCGCCAGAUACAACUACACAUUUAGUGUGUACACUGCCUGAACAGCUGUUUAACUCCACAGGCCCUUGUCCUUCCAAGUACUGCAGGUGCCCAGACUCUUUGGAGUGUCCAGUGAACCCUUUUGUUGAAAACUGCACAUCAAAACCAGGGUGUAGGGCUGCGGCAGUUUCUAGAGAUAGUUGUCAAUGUGUGACCAAUGCAACUUGCCAAGAAGAUCCUACUUUAUGUCCAUCCCCACCCACUUGUGGUUCCUGUUUUGAGCCAAAGGAGUCAGCUUUAAUACCAAGCAUUGGGGGUUGUCACUCAACAUGUAAGAACUACACAUGUGAACCAAAAUCGUGUCCACCAGUUGAAAAACCAGAAGUAUGUUCUCUUGAAGUCGUCAGCACCACAUACAGUAACUGCUGCCCAUCAUAUUCAAUUGGUUGUAAACCUGGAGCUUGUCCUAAUUUCACAUGUCAGCCUGGUUACCUAAAACUUGCAAAGUUUGGAUACUAUGACACAACACCUGAGUAUGGUUGCACAUCAAACAGCAAUUGUUGUCCAACCCACAGAUGCCUAUGUACUGUUUGCUUUCAGGAUGGCGUGCAACAUGGUUUGUACACUUCCUGGAAAAAUCCUGGUGACCCAUGCUCUGUGUACUUCUGCAGUGGCCUUCGUGGACCAGAUGGUUGUUUUACAGUGACAACACCAACCCCUAAAUGUGUUUACAACAACAUUGACUACCCCAUUGGCACAAUUCUCAAUGACAUAUCGUCAUGUUUUACGCUAACAUGUAAGCAACAGCGAACAGCAGACACUUGUAUAAACACAUUUGUUUCCCAGUCUGUCACUUGCCAACCAGCACCUACAUGCCCAGAAUUUUAUGCUCCCAAUGGUACAUACAGUCCAAGCAAUUGCUGUCCUACAUACACCUGCGAUUGCAUUGACUGUGGAUUAUACUACCCAGGAUCUGGCCCUGCAAGACCACUAGCAUGGUAUGAAAAGGCCAUAAACAUGACCUUAGAAGAGAACAGGAACCAAGCUUGUUGUCCUUUGGUUAAGAUCGUCUGCGAUAGUGAAAAACUGCAUCUUUGCCCCGAUGCCAAUCUUACAUGCACUGGAGGCCAAUAUAAAAAGGAAAUAGAAAGCACACAUGAGUGUUGUGACCAGUUCCAAUGUGUUUGCAUGAACUGUUCUCAACAGCCUCAAAUUUCCAUUGAAGAUCUGUCUGUCUGUGAAGAAAUAGUAGAAGUACCACCAUCAAGAAAUCCCAAUUAUUUGUGCUGUCCUGACAAAGAAGUUUUGUGUAAAAAUGCAAGUUGCUGUACUCCACCAAUAUGUUCGGAUGAUAAAAUAGCUGUACCAACUAACCAGACAGAUCCUGCUUAUGGCAACUGCUGUCCUCUGUAUGAAUGCCAAUGCAAACCAUGCCCACCUGGUUAUCAAACAAAAGAAGAAGUUAUUCAAAGCUUAACUGAAGGAGAAGAACUAGGCUGUGUGGAUGAUGACAUAUGCUGUCCUACUUAUCAAAAGGUUUGCAAAGUUGAAAACCCAAUAUGUGACCAAUACAACUUAACAUGCGAAAGCCCAUUUGUUGUUCAUAGAGAACUAGAAAACUAUGGGUGUUGUGGGUUGUAUUUCUGCGCAUGCAACCAAAGUUUGUGUGCUUCAAAACCAUCAUGUGAAGCACCAAAGCAGCUUGUUAUGACUUCCCUAAACCCUGACGGUUGCUGCCACAAUUAUGAAUGCGAAUGCCCGCCUGAUGAGAAUGAAAACCUUGUAUGCGAGGCACCUCAGAUACUUAGUAACACAACGACUGUCUGCCCUGUUAAAUAUUGCCGCUGUCCAGAUGCUUAUGAAUGCCCAGUGAACCCAACACUUAACUGUACUGCAAAAAUAGGUUGUAAAGCAACAGUAACUGCAAGGGAUGCUUGCGGUUGCAUUCUCAACAGCACUUGUACCAGUGAUCCUAGUCUCUGCCCUUUUCCUCCAAAUUGCGGUAACUGUUUCCAAGUCACAACAGGGGAACCUACAAGCCCUGUUGGGGAUUGUGACUCCAACUGCCUGUCUUACACUUGUGAUAGAAUCCCGUGCCCUGUUCAGCCGAACCAUACAACUUGCGCUUUGGAGAAAGUUGUCACAACAAAUCGUGAAGACUACUGUUGCCCUGUGGACGAAUUUGUCUGCCAACCUGGUGGUUGCCCAAAUCUUGACUGUGGUUCUGACUUUGUUAAAGUUAUUUCCGACGAAUUUAUUGAUUCAGAAUAUAACUGCACACAUGACCUUGACUGUUGCAGGAAAGAAGAAUGUGUCUGUAAUGUUUGCCACCACAACAGUUCUGUUUAUCAACUUUACGAAACGUGGUCAGAUAAAUACAACAGUUGUAGAACAUACGAAUGCACACAGCAGCGUGGCCCAGAUGGUUGCUUUAUAGUCAACUAUAUUACCCCUUAUUGUGUAUUCAAUAAUGAGGUCUACCCAAUCCAUUCAGUGGUACCUAACCAUAACCCAUGUGCAACUUUUGUAUGCUCUCAGUUUAUGUAUAACAACGGCAGCUGCUCCUAUUCGUUUAAAUCUGUCUACCAGACUUGCCCAGCACCUCCAGUAUGCAGUUAUUACCAUGUACCUAAAGUUAUACAUAACCCAGAAGUUUGCUGCCAAAAUUACAGCUGUGAGUGUGCUGACUGUGGUGAUGGAUACCCUGGCCCUGUUCCACACAGAGGACUGGCAUGGUAUGAAACAGUAAGGAACUUAACUCUAGCAGAAAACCCGUUCCAGCCUUGCUGUCCGUUGGUUACAAUAAUCUGCAAUGAAGACAUCAUAACCCAGUGCCCUGAAUACAAUAGAACAUGCGGGAUCGGCAAGACUAGAAUUGAGGUGAAUGGAUACAAUCCUUGCUGUCCAGAAUACAACUGCUUAUGCAAAGAAUGUAGAGCAUAUGAUGCACCAGACGCCAAUGCUUUAACCCAAUGCCAAGAAAUAGUUGUUAAAACCCUUGAAGAAAAUUCAAAUCAUGAGUGUUGCCCUGAAUACAAAAUAGGUUGCAAUUCAACAUGUUGUCCUGCCUCUACGUGUAAUGAUUAUGAAGACACUCUUUCCAUUCCCCACCAAGACCCACUUGUUUGUUGCCCAGAGUUGAGAUGCCAAUGCAAAUCAGAAAGUGAACUGUUGGGAAUAUGUCCUUAUGUUAACUUAACAUGUGAAGUGGGCUUUGAACGAACUAGAACAAAUCCUGAGGAAGAAUGUUGUCCUGUAUAUGAGUGUGUGUGUGUCGCAUGCGCAGUUGAUAACAUCACAUACCCGGUUGGGUCAAGUUGGGUGGCUUCAUUUGAUUCAUGUCUGGUACAAGAAUGUUCACAGACCUCACCUGACUGUCCACACGUUGUAACAAGAGACAAAUACAAUUGUGAUCCAAUAAAUGAAACAGUUUGUGAGGAGAGUGGAGGAUUCUUGAUACCAAACAUCUCAACCAAUGGUUGCUGUUCUACAUGUAAGACGUGCUCACCGUCAGAUAAAUCUGAUAUUGUGAACAUGAUUGACUACAGACCAGGUGUGAACUGUUCAGCACCCACAGAGGUUAACAUACCAGUUUGUGAUGGAGCUUGUUUUACUACAUCUGCAUACGAUGUGCAAAGCGGGAACUUUACUUCAGUGUGCAGAUGUUGUUCAGUCAGUUCAUAUAUCACACAGUCGCUACAAUUAAACUGUACAGACAAUACCUCUGCUGUUAUGGACUUUAAUUAUGCCACGGGUUGUAAAUGUGACAUAACGCAGUGCUAACUAAAAAAAAUUCUGUAUUGGUGCUCUUACUUUGAUUGCCAUAUAUAUUAUUCUGUUUCUAUAUUCGCUAUAAACUGAAAGUGUGCUACGUGUAAAGGUGCCUUAAAUAUUUGAGUUCUAAUUUUAUUAACUUCUUAUACGGAUAAGUAUAGCUGUGUUAAAUGUAAUAAAUUAUGACAUACACA